AUGGGUCGGUUAGUUGGUUUAGAACUAUACAACUUCAAGUCAUAUAAGGGAAUCACCCAUGUCGGAUUUGGAACCUCAUACUUUACAUCAAUCAUUGGACCAAAUGGGUCAGGUAAGUCUAACAUGAUGGAUGCAAUUUCGUUUGUUCUUGGGGUGAGGUCGAACCAACUAAGAUCAAAGAAUAUUAAGAGUUUGAUAUAUAGAGGGCAAAUUGACGAAGAAACUGAAAACACUAGGAAUGACGAAAAUGGCGAUGAUGAUGAUGAUCAUGAAGAUAAAGAUGUGAGGAACGAGGCAAAAGCAAGAAAUGGUGCUGAAGAAGCCUACGUUAUUGCUGUUUAUGAGAAGGACAAUGGAGAUGUGCUGAACCUUAAAAGAUUGAUCGGGAAGAAUGGUUCUUCCAAAUUCUUGGUUAAUAAUGUGCCUGUGUCCAUUAAUCAGUAUCUGCAGAUUUUGAAGGAAGAGAAUAUCCUUAUUAAGGCUAAAAACUUUUUGGUUUUCCAAGGUGAUGUUGAAAAGGUUGCAUCACAAUCACCCAUUGAACUAACUAAAAUGAUUGAAAAUAUCAGCGGAUCUUCAAACUUGGAGAAAGAAUAUAAUGAAUUAAAGGAAGAAAUGGAGAGAGCCCAUGAUAUUACAGCAUUGAAAAACUCACAAAAGAGAAAUUUGAAGGAUGAAAUUAAAAAUUUAAAGUUGAAAUGUCAAGAAACUGAUUUAUUUGAUAAGAAAACAAGCCAGUUGGAGAGGGCUAUUGUCACAAAAUAUCUGUCCAAACUUGAAUAUAUGGAACGUAUAUAUGAAAAACUGACAGGAGAGUUAGACGUAAAAAAUAAAGAAGUUAGUGACCUUAGUACUACCUUGGAGGAUAAAAUUCAGGAAUACAAAGAUUUCAUUCGUAAGCAAUCUGAUGAUCAUAUGAGCAUCAAAGAAUAUGAAGUCAAAAUUGAAACUGAUGAAAAUACUUUAAAAUCACUAAAAACAAGUAUGAUUCCAAUUGAGUCAGAAGCUUUACAAUUGGAGGGCAAAGUUAAGGAGUAUGAAGAAAGAAUGGAAAUUCUACAGAGAGAAGAGCAAGAGCAAAAACUUGUAGUAGAUGAAUCUAUCCAAAUAUUAGAUAAAAUAAAGGCCGCUUUUGAAGUAUUCAACUCUGAGAAAGUAGAUCUAUCUAAAAAUGAGUCCACUUCUUCUUAUAGCUCAAAUAUUGAGAUGUUAACUGAGUAUAACCAAUUACGGGAUGAAUUUCUAGCGAUUGCAGGUGAGCUGGAGCUAAAAUUGACUGAUUUGAAUGAAGACAAGGCACAUCUUUUGAAUGAAGUGGAAGCUAUAGAAACAUCCAAUUCGUUGUUAAAUUCGAGGAUUCAGGAACUAGAAACCAAGAAACAGACUCAUCAAUUAAAGAAAUCGCAAUUAGAAAAAGCUAUUGCUUAUUCUAAAACAUCAAUCCACAACUAUAAAAAAGAGCUCAAUUCUUUAGAAUCUCUACGUAACUCCAUCAAGGAAAAGGAGAAAGCUUUAAACCAUGAGUUGAAAACUGUCUUGCUAAAAUUAAAUGAAAUUAAUGCUCUUGAAAAGGAAAACAAGAAAGAAAGAAAACUACGUGAUACAGUAUCUACAUUGAAAAAACUCUUCCCUGGUGUUAGAGGUCUUCUCAAUGAUAUAUGUAAACCAAAACAAAGAAAAUAUGGCAUUGCUGUGGCAGCUAUAUUUGGCAAAGAUUUUGAUGCUGUUAUUGUUGAUUCUCUCUCAACUGCAACUGAAUGCAUAGAUUACAUGAAGGAACAGAGACUAGGAGUUGCAUCAUUUAUUCCGUUAGAUACUGUCAAGGUACAACCGCUUAAUUCAAAUUUACGUGACUUAUCUGAUAAUGCACAGCCUAUAAUUGACACCAUAUCUUAUCCACCUGAAUAUGAAAGAGCUGUUCAGUAUGUGUGUGGAAACUCAUUAGUUUGUGAUAAUAUUGAUGUUGCGACAUCCUUGAAAUGGGGUAAAGGUAUUAAUGAAAGGAUAGUAACGUUAGAUGGGUCGUUGAUCCACAAAAAUGGACUGAUGACGGGGGGCGGCAGUGAUAGCUUUAACACAAAAUGGGAUAAAUCCGAAUUAGGGUUAUUAAGUGAACGUAAGGAUGAAUUAAAAUUGAAAAUUAGUGAGAUACAUCAUCAAAUUCCGGACGAUAUGAAAGAUAGAGUUAUAAAAGAAGAAAUCUUAAUGUUAGAAAACAACAUAGAAGAGUACGUAAAGAAACUUAACAAUUUGGAAAGAAACUUAAAAGAUGCGGAUGUGGAAUUAAUUCAUGAGCUUGAUUUGAAGAAAAAAAAUGAAUCUCAAAUAACAGAAAUUAAGAGUGACAUCAAACUUAUUAAUGAUGAAAUUUCGGAUAAAAGUAAAAACUUGAAAAAAUCUCAAGCACGAGUAUACAAAGAUUUUUGCUUGAAAUACAAAUUUGUCGAUAUUGAAGAGUAUGAAGUCAAUUAUUCGUCGAAGAUAAUAAAAGAAGCCAAUGAAUCUUCUAAAUACAUAAAGGAGAUUCAAAGAGUAGAAAACAAGCUCAAAUUUGAAACCGAAAGGCUAGAUGACUAUAAACACCAAGUGGAAAAACUGAAAGCCACCAGAGAUUCGUUUUAUACCGGAUAUCAAAAUAUUAUCAAGGAACGUAACGAACUUGAAACAAAGAUUGAUGAUAUUCAGAGCGAAUUGGAAGUAAUAAAAGAAGACUACAAAGCCCUAAAGAGUAAAGUCAAAAAAAUGCUCUCUAAAACUUGUGGUCUCGAGACAGAAAUCAGCAACUUAAAGAGUGAUUUGAAACACUCAAAAGGUGAAGUAGUCAGCAUAGAAGAAAACAUUGAGUCUCUAAAACUGGAAAUGAAAACACAACUUAUCACCGCCAAACUUGAAUCUGUUCCUAUACCUUUAAUAGCAGGUAGUCUAGAUGAUAUUCCUUUAGAGGAUGGCAGUAAAGACCAAGAAGAAUGGAGUAAAGAAUGGGUUAGUAUUCUUUCGAAUUUGGAAAUCGAUUACUCUAAACUCGAAGACGAUUAUCGUGUAUUUAUUGAAGGUGAAGAUAUGGAUGAAGGCUAUGAAGAAAAUACACCGGAAGCAGUAGAAAAAAGAUGUGAUUCCCUUAUUGAGAAAUUGCAAGAAGAGGUACGGAGUAUGCACCCAGAUAUUUUUGCACGUGAGCAUCUUGCAACUGCCCUGGAGAAACUUCAAGAAGUUGAUUCUGAAUUUGUAGAAGCAAGAACGGCAGAGAAAGAGUUGGUUACACGCUUUGAGAAGGUCAGGGAAGAAAGGACGGGCAUGUUUAUGAGGGCAUUUGAACAUGUCUCCAAUUCGAUUGAUGAUGUCUACAAAGAAUUGACAAAAUCUAAGGCCUCUCCCUUAGGUGGCUCAGCAUAUCUUACACUUGAAGAUGAAGAUGAGCCGUAUGCUUUCGGAAUCAAAUACCACAUCAUGCCGCCACUCAAAAGAUUCCGAGACAUGGAGAAUUUGAGUGGAGGUGAAAAAACCAUUGGUGCAUUGGCUCUUCUAUUUGCUGUUCAUUCGUAUCACCCGUCACCUUUUUUUGUAUUAGACGAAGUUGAUGCAGCACUAGAUAACUCGAAUGUUAAUCGGAUUGCAAACUAUCUCUCUAAACAUAAAGGACCCAAUUUUCAGUUCAUCGUUAUUAGUUUGAAGAAUAGUUUAUUUGAAAGAAGUGACGCUUUAGUUGGUAUUUACAGAGAUCAAGACAUGAAUUCAUCGAAAAUAUUAACUUUAGAUUUGAGGGAGUAUGAAGAAGCUGCUUAA